CCACAGUAGCGGGUCACACACUCUCAUUCAACAUGAAGGUCUUGAUUGUUCUCGCCCUCGUCGCCGCCGCCAGCUGCGCCCCCGCCAAGGAGGCCGAGCGCGAGAAGCGCAACCUGAUCGGCUCCUACCCCCUGGGCUACAGCACCGGCUUCAACAAUUUCGGGGUCUCUGCCGGCCCCCUGGUCUCCAACCAGGUGCAGCAACAGGACACCGUCGAGUCCCAGCACGUCCAGACCUCCAACCUCAAGUCCACCUCCACUAAGUCCCUCCUCCAGCCCACCUACCAGGCCAUCCAGCCCGCCAUCCAGGCCUACCAGACCUACCAGCCCGCCGUCCAGACCUACCAGACCUACCAGCCCUCAGUCCAGGCCUACCAGCCCGCUAGCUACGUCAGCUACCAGCAACCCGCCUACUACUCAUCCGCUGCCCAGGUCCUGCCCGUGCAGUCCUCCUACUACAACGUGCCCUCCUCCGUGCAGUACGUGAGCCAGCCCUCCCUCUACAACAGCGUCUACCAGCCCUCCUACUCCGCCCUGCCCUCCUACUCCGUCUCUUCCCCCGUCGUCUCCUCCGGCGUCGUCUCCUCUGGCGUCGUCGGCACCGACCCUUGGUGCUAAGCAGCUCCUCGACAAACUCCCACCAAAUCUAGUGCCAUUGUAGUUACCACAUUAUGCAA